GUGACAAGCGCAAUAGACCACCCAUGCUUAUUUGUUUGCUUCGAGUGGCUUUCGGUGGUUGUGUUUUUGCUUCGUGUUGUGCCUGUUUAUUGUGUUGGCGACUGUGACCGGCGAAAACUUUUUUACUUUCUUCUCCACACUAAUGCAUUCUUCCUGUAUCAUUGUUUUGCUUCUGUGUACUAAUUCGAUAAGGAUUGUUAGCUAAGUAGAUGUGCUAUUUUUUAUCAAAACAUUUAUUUCUGGAAGGCCUUGAUAGUCCUUGCGCUUAAGCUGGCUGUGGUACAAAUGGACUAUACAGAUUCAGAACGGCAAAUAUUGGAUGAAUUUUUCUGCGGUCUAAAUGGUGUCAGCCAGUCUGGACUGCACGUGAACGGACUGGGUCCACCGGGUGGCACAGUGGUCAAUACGGUCAACCAGACCAUUCCUCAGAUUCCUGAUACCAGCAACAUGUCGUAUGGAGGGCUGACCUAUCCGCCGGUCUGCUCCACAUACUCGGUGGGGAAUUUAACACAGUUCACCAUGAAUACUCCUUCCCAGUGCCUGGUGUGUGGGGAUACGAAAUCACUUGGUAAAAACUACGGCGGCUGGACGUGCACGGGCUGCAAGUCGUUUUUUCGUCGCUGCAUCGAAAAGCAGACAGUCCCGCGGUGUAAGUACGGCGGACAAUGCGAAAUCGAUCUGUUCAUGAGGAGAAAAUGCCCAGAGUGUCGGUUAAAAAAGUGUUUUCGUAUUGGGAUGCGGAUGGAUUUGGUCGCGCGGGAUGAUCCGAAUACUCCGAAGAAUCCCGAUGAGGGAGAGAAUGUUAAGCCACCUGAUCAUCGGUCCCCUGCCAGCUCGACAUCCAGUCCGGCUCCCGCUGUGGUAACAACGGCUGGAUCGGUGAGCUCGCCGGCCUCUGUGACGCACAGUGCAUGUGACGCCAGUCUCGCCUCCCUACCGGAACAUCCUCACCAACAGACUAUUAAAAUUAUCACGUAUUACCAGGAGAUAUUUGAUAUACCCAGUACGGAUGAUAUUCAAAAACUGACCAAUUUUGCCUUCACGGGUGAUGUCCAGUUCGACAAACAACGGGGAUUCGAGCAUUUCGCCGAGCUUACCAUACUAGCCGUGCAAUUGGUUGUACGGUUCGCCAAACAUUUACCGGGAUUCGACACACUGGUCCUGAAUGAUCAGCUGGUGCUGUUAAAGGAGAGCUCCGUGGAGGUUCUUCAGCUGCGCACGGCACGCCGCUACGACGUGUCCACCGACAGCAUCCUUUUCUCUUCCAAUCACGCCAUUACAAGGGAAUGUUAUAAAAGCGUCAUGAUGUCUAAUUGUGCACACAGUAUCUACAAUUUUUGCCGGCAUGUCGUGAAUCAGAAAGUGGACAAUGUGGAAUAUGCACUGUUGACGGCGCUGGUAAUCUUCUCACCGCGACCCGACCUGGAAAACCUGCCGGCCGUGCUGAAAUGGCAGGAAAUGUAUUUGGAUAUUUUUCAAGAUUACGUGAAGAUGCGACGCAACAGCGAACCGAAUGCAUUGGCCAAAUUGCUGAUGAUACUGACCAAAUUAAGGUCACUGGGUUCGGAUUUCAAUGAGAUGUUGUUCUCUUUGAAACUCGAAAAUCGUAAAUUGCCGCCGUUAUUGGAAGAAAUUUGGAUUAGUAGACCGGUAUAACGCUGGCGUUGAUGUCCAUAGUUUAUCGUCGUUUUCACUACUACUUUCUUCUCAUUUGGAACGAAACAACCCGGUUGAUUGCACACUUUCGUUAUGGAUGGAUUUUGUGAAAAGGGGGGAUGCAGACGCAUUUUUGGUAGAAAACGAGAUAUUCUACGCACCAGAUGCUUUAAUUGGGGGAAGGAAAAUGUGUGUAAUUAUUUAUAUGGUUCGAUUAUUUAAUCUGUUGUGGAACAGCGAACUCUCUCUUACUUUCUCACUUUUCCUGGACAAAGUUAUGGACACACAGGGUGGAAGGAUUUUGUAGGAGAAUGCUGAUCCGGUUGUAUGCUUCCCCCGUUGGUUUUACCAAAGUAUUCAAGAUAAGCCCGAGACUGGAUCCGGUUCGUCGUUGUAUUCGGAUCACAUUAUAGACUGACUGUCUCCCGGGAUACUACAUUCUUCGUGUGUGCUACGCUGUCCGUGCCUGCCUUACAAAAUGUACCUGUUUAUUUAAUGGAGCAACUACUGCCAUGCACAUGCGCCCGGCAAAGAAUAGUAUCAUCUCAUGACCGGUUUUUUUUAAAAUUGUACAUUCGAACGCUUUUAACUCUGGGUAUAGCCGUUUUUAAUCAUUUGUACAUUAUGUUUUUGGAUUUCUUUUUACCGGGUUCUGUGCAUUUUUAAUGGAUUUUUAUUUGCUUUUAUGACAGCUUAAGCUUGUGUAUGUUGCUGAUAUAUGACUCUCUUUUUUUAUUAUUGGUAUUUUAUAUGUUCCCGGUUUUCUCUUACUGAUUAGCUCAUGUUUCUUUUUGUUCUGUUCUUCCUUUUUAGACGAGAAGUCUGUAUAUUAUUCCUUUCUUUUUUUAAAUAAAGCACUGCAG